GUGGGGGAGGGGAAGAGGGAAGCAGCGCCUCCCUGGAUACGUCCCUGCGAAAGUUAAAAACACUCCAUAGUGAUAAAAGUAUCACAGUUGAUGUAUUAAGUAGGCCUAUAGGCCAACAUUUUCGCAACCACAGCAUAACACAGCAAACGGCCUAAAUAUCUUUUCUAAUUGAAAUAUUUUGUGUAUAAAAUUCAGUCACAUAACUUCACUAUUAUAGUGCAUAAAGUUGAUGCCUGCUAAGGUGGUUUAAUAUAUUGUUGUCUAGUAGGACAUGCCAGCUCCCCCACCCCCGAUAUCGUUUCAAACUACUGUAAAAUGAAAAUACUGUAUAGGCCUACAAAAUAAAAAAAAAAAAGAAAUGUGUUUUUUUUAUUCUAAUAUUGUAAUUUGCCUAUCAAUAUCACUAUUUUGGACCAUAAAAACUCACUCCUGAAUUGUUCAAAUUAAACCACCACACAAAUUUGACCCAACCUUAUAUUUUCUGAUAAAGUCAUGUAUCAUGUAUAGGAACGUUGAUGCCUGCAAGGCUCUGGUUAUACAAUUGUCAUUAUCACUAUUUUACAGGAUUUAUAGCGGUUUGGCGCAGCAGGAACGGUUUGGUUUCCCAACCUUAAAGUCGAGGUUUAAUACUUUCCUGUUCAUUUCACUUGUGUCCUUGAGCAAGGCGCUUUAUCUACAUUGUUUUUCUCUACCAAGGAGUAUAAAAAGCUGCCUGAGGGGUGUUGCCUGGUCCUGCACCAAUAUGGCAGCAACCUUGAACAUGCGCUGCCGUUUUCAUACCAGCGCAUUCUUAUUCCUGGAUGAAGAGAUAAAAAUGUAAUUAUCUUUCCAAGGGCACAAGCAAUCUGACCGAACUCUCUCUUGAAAUUGCAAAGCUUUGCCGCUGUGCCAACAUGCCUUCAGUUAAUGGUUCCUUCUGUUACCUCUAAUUUUCAAAUUUUUUUGAGAUUCAUAAUAUUCUACAUCAGUCCUCUUGUUUUCAAAGGGAUCUCAACCUGGUAACAGAAUCUUCAUUGUUCCCACUCGGAUGCAAAUCAAUAAAGAGGGCUUGAAAGUUAGGGAAGACAAGCAGCAAACGGCAUCGUUUUAUGUGACUCCCACAGAUUUCCUUCCGGAUGCUGUCUACAAUGUACUGGUCGUUUCAUUUUUAGACUGGAUGAAGGACAAAUGUAGGAGUGGUGAUCAUGUGGAAUUGUUUCAGAAUCGAAGUGACUUUUACUUAGAUGAUGAGCAUGUUGUGAGUCUAGGAGCUGUCAGAAUCAAGAACAGACAUGCAUUGAAAAUUGAAAUAUCACGUAGGAUGAAUGUUGAUGAACAUGGCAAAGAAAAAAUUCUUGAACCACAUCCUAGCAUCUGCAUGGAGGUAUUAAGUUACAUCCGUCAGCAAAUGAAAACUGUGUAUGUUACUACAGAAGGAGUUGGCUAUGAGUUACGCGUCCUUUGUCAUGCCUGUGAACCUACGCUGGGACCGCUGCAUAAACUUGAGGAAUGUUUGAUGAAAGAUAGUGUGCCAUGUGGAAGAACAAAGUUAGUUGCAACGACUCGUUUUAAACGACUCUUUUCAACAGCUAAGACGGGCCAUGCUGCUUCUUCCCCUGAGCAUGUUGUAAUUCAAGGAAUGACAGAUACGCAAUUCAAUGCACUUAAAAUGGAUGUCGCAAAGUGGUAUGACAACCACAAAUGUCUUACUAUGUUGAAAGUGUUGUUCAGAGAUCAUGUGGUCAAUGAGAGACUAUCAAAAAUAGAUAAGACAGUGGACUUGCUGAAUGAUUUAGUUAAACAUGGUCAUUUGAAUUCCAAGAAUCUUACAAUUCUGCAUGAUACCAUCAGCACAACUGAACAUUUUGGUCUUCAACAUAAGAUUAAAGUAUUACUACCGUCAUUCCCGGAUGUUAUGGAAGGAAACAUUUCCAAACAAUUCAGUCAUCACAGACAAAAACUAAUGAAGUUUGGAAUGAACCUGACCCCAGACAAUGUAACAAAAAUUGAUGGAUUGCUGAACAUGCCCUGUAAGGAGUAUACCGAUGGCUGGAGUAUGAUCACCGAUCUAGAAGACAGACAGAUAAUCAGCAAAAAGAAUAUGAAAGAAUUCAUUGAUUCAUUGAAAAGCCUUGAAAUCCAUCCAGCAUUGAAUGCACUACAAGAUG